AGACGCUCUCUGGUUGUACACCCUUAGUCUAAACAGACUUGAAUCUGAACGCUAGGCGAUAGAUCAAUUGACAGUCCGCUGUGUGUACGAUGAGAUGGUGCGUUUGGCUGUCCCUGCUGCUAUCGACAAGUGCAGCGCAGAGCUCGUCUUCCUGGACGGGCUUUGGGUCGUUGAAUGAUAGUGACGCAGGGGUGACGACAGCCGAGGUCCUCGCUCAAGACUGGUUCCAAGCCAACUUGGACGACAACGUGACGUACCUGGCUGUCGGUGUGAACUCCAGGCUCUCGAAUAUAACGGGCAGUGAUAUUAUCUGUGGGAAGGGAGUGCCAUCGCUACAGCGACGUACAGCUGAAGUCCUGCCGAACAACGGGUGUCCAGCUAUCUUCACGGCGGUGAACGGGUCGUGUACGUGUCUGCCGGAAUACAACAAUACCGACUCGUGGGAGUUUUUCGUGGCGAAAAGGACCACGGAGACUGAGUAUCCGUUUACUCUGAACGACACAAAUGUGCUGCCUAUCGACUCAAUUCGGACACUUUUGGUACCGUCCAGUGUGACUUCUCUAUCGAUUACAGGUGUGGGCGAUGAGCAUCAGUCCAUUUCGUUCGUGCCACAAGAUGUCGCCCUGCCUGGAUCAAAUAUUCCUGUUGCUGUCAAUGCAGACGAUACUAGCGAUGCCAGCUCCAUUACCGCAGUACGAAUCGAAAACAUCGACAUGUCAUCCAUCGUCUUGAACACGGGACAUUUCUUCCCGACGACUACUCUGAACCUAACUAUGCGCAAUUGCGGCCUGGAGACUUUCGGAUUUGACUUCUUCCAAGGCCUCAAAACCGUCCAAUAUCUCGAUUUUUCGGAAAAUAAUCUGGCUAAGCCAUACGCAGGCAACACUAUCACCAGGACUUGUACAAACCAGUUCUGUGCUGUUCAGAUUCUAAAUCUAACAGGAAAUCAAUUGACAAGCUUUCCCUCUGUCGUCUUCAACCUCGAAGACCUCAGUGAACUCUACAUUCGCAACAACAAUUUUACAGAUUUUAACGUCUCCGCCUCGGCCUUCAACUCAAUUUCAGCACUGCGAGCGUACGAGUCCGACCAGCCAGACGAAUCAUCUACGUGCUCUAAUGGAACGUGGAAAACUGCUCAUGGAGUCAAGUUUUGCGUGCUCAAUGAUGCUACUGAUAGCGAAGAUUCCUCGAAUGAUUCCAGAUUGCUGCCUUACAUUGCCAUGACAGCAGGAGCUGGAAUAAUCGUUCUAUGUAUCAUUUUUAUAUGGAUGAAAUGCUUCCAUCGACCAGAUCUGGAGCGUUGGUCCUACUCUUCGAAGGUCGAUUCCACGAGAACAUCCUAUGUGGAUGACGCUAGACGAGAAGUGAACCGAUCUCUCUUGGAUGACCCCGUUAUUGUGACGAACCGAAUCGAGUACAAGCAUCUGAGACUUGGUAAAUGUAUCAGCAAAGGAGGAUUCGGACUAGUAUUUACAGGUGAAUACAGAGGCCGUCGAGUUGCCAUCAAGAAGAUCCGACCAGAUCGCAGUGGAGACGUGUCGGAGAUUGAAGUGUUCUUAAAGGAGAUUAUACUUAUGGCGGUACUGUAUCAUCCGAGAAUCGUCGAAUUUAUCGGAGUGGCAUGGGAUAAUUUACGACAUUUAUCCGCAGUUACCGAGUACAUGGAUAAAGGCGAUCUCCGAGAAGUUUUGUACACUUUCAAGGAACGGGGAUCUCCUUUAUCGUGGGAAACCCAUAAGGCUCCAAUUGUGCUCCAUAUUGCUCAAGCUCUCUCGUAUUUACACUGUCAACAUCCAAAAGUGAUUCAUCGUGACCUAAAAUCCAAGAAUGUGCUGCUCAAUUUGUAUCUGGAAGCGAAAUUGAGCGAUUUUGGAAUAUCUCGAAUGCGAUAUGCUAUCGAGACGCACAUGACAGCAGGAGUGGGGACUUCUUUUUGGAUAGCCCCUGAAAUUCUACUUGGUCAGGACUAUGAUGAGCGUGCGGAUAUUUACUCAUUUGGCGUGGUUUUAUCCGAGAUCGACACGGAUGACUAUCCGUACUGGAACGACAAGCAUCCGAAUGAACCGAGAGGUAAAAUCCAAGAAGCAGAGAUUCUGACUCAAGUCGCUGCAGGACAAAUCCGACCAGAUUUUUCGACCAACUGCCCCGAAGAAAUAACAGCAAUAGCAGAUGCCUGCUUGCAGAGGGAUCCAAGAGACCGCCCUACGGCUGCAGAGAUUGUUGAAGUGAUGAAAAAAUUACUGCAUCCGUCAUGUCGGAGAUCUUCGUCGCUGUACAUGUCGGAUAAUGACUCCGCAUCCAUUUGGACCGUUUAAAGCCCAAGCAACAUUAUUUUAUAGAGGUUUUGUCGUGGUUCAAAGUCGUAGCAGUGUAGGUAUCAUUUGACCACAGCAUCUCGUAGUGACUCUCUUUUUUUCACUAUUGUUAUGUAGAACGGUUGAUGUCCUUUGUAACAGCUUGCUUGGGUACACUCGAAAUACUAACGGAAUUCGGUU